AUGAAUCCCGUCAAUUCUGACAACUCAUCGACCCAUCAGAGGUCGUCUUCAAGCUCCAGCCUGCCAGCACCACUGCAAAGUCUCGUUGACAAGGCAGAGAAGGAGAGAGACUUGUACGAAGAUCCUUGGGGUCCGAUUCCAGGUCCAGAGCCUUCAAAACAAGUCAACCAGCCCAAGAAAUCCAAUCAAGAACAAGCCAACAGGAGAUCACUCCUCAAAAAGCCUCGUCUGCCAGCCUCGUUGCAGCGACUUGUGGACAAGGCCGAGCUCGACAGGGAGUUGUAUGAAGAUUCGUGGUCUUCUCGAAUUCCACGAGCCUUGGGCUGGGGAAAAUAUAGCAAGAAGCAAGACACAAAGAAGCCGGUGACGAAGGCUUGA